AUGUGGGGUGCGAACGCGGGGAUAAAGCUGGCAAAGAUGAGGAAAAUUGGCUGUGCUCUCCUGGUUCUCCAAGCUCUUCUUGCACCUUUGGAUCUUGUUCGUGGAGCAGAGAAGAAUUAUCCUGUCCUGAACAUUGCAGUCAUUCUGGGAAGGACCAAGGAUAUCACAGAGAGAGAUAUCAGAUCUCUCUGGACCAGGGAGAUGUCAGCAGACCUGACUGUUGAUGUUAAUGUAGUGACCCUUCUGGUGAACCAGACUGACCCUAAAAGCAUCAUAACACACGUUUGCGACUUGAUGUCAGGUACCAAGAUCCAUGGAGUGGUUUUUGGAGACGACUCAGAUCAGGAGGCAGUAGCUCAGAUUUUGGAUUUUAUUUCAUCUCAGACUUCUAUUCCAAUUCUUGGAAUUCAUGGCGGGGCCUCCAUGAUAAUGGCAGAUAAGGAUGUGAUGUCAACAUUCUUCCAAUUUGGGGCUUCUAUCCAGCAGGAAGCCAUCGUCAUGCUUAAGAUCAUGCAGGAUUAUGACUGGCACGUGUUUUCUCUGGUAACCACCACCUUUCCUGGAUAUCGAGACUUCAUCAAUGUCAUUAAGACCACAGUGGAAAAUAGUUUUGUAGGAUGGGACAUGCAGAACAUCAUCAUUCUUGAUACUGCCUUUGGAGAUGCCAAGACACAAAUUCAGCUGAAGAAAAUUCAUUCAUCUGUCAUCCUUCUCUAUUGUUCCAAGGAUGAAGCUGUCUACAUACUAGAUGAGGCUCGCUCACUGGGCCUUACCGGGUAUGAUUUCUUUUGGAUAGUUCCAAGCCUGGUUAGUGGUAACACAGAAAUUACUCCCAAGGAAUUUCCUUCGGGACUCAUUUCAGCAUCUUAUGACGAAUGGGACUACAGUUUAGAAGCUCGAGUGCGGGAUGGCCUUGGGAUUAUUGCCACUGCUGCAUCAGCCAUGCUGGAAAAGUACUCCUUCAUUCCUGAAGCAAAAACUAGCUGCUAUGGUCAACUGGAGAAAAAUGACCGGCCAUCUCACACUUUGCACCAGUUUAUGAUGAAUGUGACUUGGGAAGGUAAAGAUUUGUCCUUCACUGCCGACGGUUAUCAGGCACACCCCAGGCUGGUGGUGAUCGUACUGAACAAAGAUCGUGUGUGGGAGAAGGUGGGGAAAUGGGAGAACAACUCACUGAGCCUGAAGUACUCUGUCUGGCCAAGGUACAGUUCCUUUGCAGACAGUGACCCAGAUGAUAACCACCUGAGUAUUGUCACCCUGGAGGAGGCUCCCUUUGUCAUCGUCGAAGAUGUGGAUCCUUUGAUGGAAAGCUGCCAAAAAAACACUGUGCCAUGUCGUAAAUUUGUCAAAAUUAACAACUCAACUAAUGAGGGAACUAAUGUAAAGAAGUGCUGCAAAGGAUUCUGCAUUGAUAUCUUGAAGAAGUUGUCUAAAACUGUCAAAUUCACAUAUGACCUGUACUUGGUGACUAAUGGGAAGCAUGGCAAAAAAGUCAAUAAUGUGUGGAAUGGAAUGAUUGGUGAAGUGGUUUAUCAUCGUGCAGUUAUGGCUGUGGGGUCUCUCACUAUUAACGAAGAGCGCUCUGAAGUGGUUGACUUUUCAGUGCCGUUUGUUGAGACUGGGAUCAGUGUCAUGGUGUCACGGAGCAAUGGCACAGUUUCACCAUCUGCUUUUCUAGAGCCUUUUAGUGCUUCUGUCUGGGUGAUGAUGUUUGUGAUGCUUCUCAUUGUGUCUGCCAUGGCUGUAUUUAUAUUUGAGUACUUCAGUCCUGUAGGAUAUAACAGGAAUUUAGCACAAGGGAGAGAUCCCCAUGGACCAUCCUUCACCAUUGGAAAGGCAGUAUGGUUACUCUGGGGCUUGGUAUUCAACAACUCCGUGCCUGUGCAAAACCCCAAAGGGACAACCAGUAAAAUUAUGGUGUCAGUUUGGGCCUUCUUUGCUGUCAUUUUCCUGGCUAGUUAUACUGCCAACUUAGCUGCAUUUAUGAUUCAAGAGGAGUUUGUUGACCAAGUGACAGGACUGAGCGAUAAAAAGUUUCAAAGGCCACAUGAUUAUUCACCUCCUUUUCGAUUUGGAACUGUCCCAAAUGGCAGCACAGAAAGGAAUAUCAGAAACAACUACCCUGAUAUGCACCUCUACAUGACAAAAUAUAAUCAAAAAGGAGUUGAAGAUGCCUUGGUCAGCUUGAAAACUGGGAAGUUGGAUGCUUUCAUCUAUGAUGCAGCAGUGCUGAAUUACAAGGCUGGAAGAGAUGAAGGCUGCAAACUUGUCACAAUAGGCAGUGGAUACAUCUUUGCCACUACGGGCUAUGGAAUAGCACUUCAGAAAGGGUCACCGUGGAAGAGACAAAUUGAUCUCGCCCUUCUUCAAUUUGUUGGAGAUGGUGAAAUGGAAGAGUUAGAAACCCUGUGGCUGACUGGUAUUUGCCACAAUGAGAAGAAUGAAGUCAUGAGCAGCCAGCUGGAUAUUGACAACAUGGCAGGAGUCUUUUACAUGCUUGCAGCAGCCAUGGCGCUCAGUUUAAUUACCUUUGUCUGGGAGCACUUAUUUUACUGGAAGCUUAGAUUCUGCUUCACUGGAAUCUGCUCUGAUAGACCAGGAUUAUUGUUCUCAAUCAGCAGGGGUAUUUAUAGCUGCAUUCAUGGAGUACACAUUGAAGAAAAAAAGAAGUCCCCUGACUUUACUUUGACCAAUUCCCAAACCAACAUGUUAAAACUACUACGAACAGCGAAAAAUAUGACCAAUAUAAAUCCUUCAAGAAUUAACUCCCCCAAAAGAACAGCUGAUUUUAUUCAGAGGGGUUCCUUGAUUAUGGACAUGGUCAUGGAUAAGGGAAACUUGAUCUUUUCUGAUAACAGAUCCUUUCAGACAAAGGACAACUUUUUUGGUGAAAACAUGAGUGAAUUGCAGACACUUCCUGGCAAUCGACACAAGGACAAUCUUAACAACUAUGUUUUCCAAGGUCAGCAUCCUCUCACACUGAAUGAGUCCAACCCAAAUACAGUAGAGGUUGCAGUAACAACAGAAGCAAAAGUAAACUCCAGACCCAGGCAACUUUGGAGGAAAUCUGUUGAAUCUUUACGUCAGGAAUCUGUACGUCAGAGUCAAGGUUCUCAGAGGGAAAACGGGUCAGAUGAAAACCGGCAACUUUCAGUGAAAAGCCAAAGAUAUCUUCCUGAAGAGAUUGUCCAUUCAGAUGUAUCAGAGACAUCAAGCCGGGCUACUUGCCAUAUGGAACCUGAUAACAACAAUAAGCACCACAAAACCAAGGACAAUUUUAAAAAAAGAACAGUAGCAUCAAAAUACCCAAAAGACUGUAGUGAAGUGGAACUGACAUAUCUGAAAACUAAACAGAGCUCUCCACGGGAUAAAAUCUACACAAUUGAUGCUGAUAAGGAGCCAGGAUUCCGCUUGGACACACCCCAAUAUAUCGAAAACAUUGUCCUUCCAGAAACUAUAGAGUAUCCUGGUGUUUAUCAAGAUCACAAUGACAACUACAGGAAAGCAGAACAUGCUAACAGGACUCCCAUGCAUAAUGAAGACAGUCUUCCAAAUAAUGAUCAGUAUAAACUUUAUGCAAAGCACUACAGUUUAAAAGAUAAAAAUGCUUCCCUAGUUGACAUGAAUGAUAGAUACAGACAGAAUUCUACCCACUGUAGGAGCUGUCUUUCCAAUUUGCCCACUUAUACGGGACAUUAUUCAGGCAGAUCGCCCUAUAAAUGCGAUGCAUGCUUGCGGAUGGGGAACCUCUAUGAUAUUGAGGAAGAUCAGAUGCUGCAGGACACAACGAACUUAUCACUUCCUGAAGAAAUAUAUGACCAUAGUUGGUCACAGAAUAAUGCUCUGCAAUAUCAUAAAAAAAACAAGUUGAGGAUUAGCAGGCAACAUUCAUUUGAUAAUAUUGCUGAUAAGUCCAGGGAAAUUGAUCUUGGAAGACCUUCUCGUAGUAUAAGCUUGAAAGAUAAAGAGAAGUUUCUCCAAAGUAGUCCAUAUGCAAGCAUGUUUAGCGUUCCCUCAAGCAAACUGUUGAGCAACAAAGCCUCACUUUUAACCCAUGCUCUAGAGGACAGUAAGAGGAGCAAGUCCCUGUAUCCCAUUCACUCAGAAGAUAAUCCCUUUCUGCACUCGUAUCGUGAUGACCAGCACUUAUCUCUUAGGCGAAAUCCAGCUGAUCUUUAUAAAUAUUCGUUACCAACCAGAGGAAGAAAUGAUAAUUAUUUCAGGUCAUCCAUAAAGUCUACAGCAUCAUACUGUUCCAGGGAUGGUCGGAUCCAUAAUGACAUGUACAUUUCAGAGCAUGUUUUGCCUUAUGUUGCAAAUAGGAAUAGUGUGUAUUCAACUCCAAGGGUUUUAAAUUCCUGUAGCAAUAGACGUGUGUAUAAGAAAAUGCCUAGCAUUGAAUCAGAUGUUUAA